AUGAUUGUAUCCAACGUGAGCUGCUUCGCCACUGUCACCACGGAGGAGCAGCGGCAGCAUUUGUCCAGCACGGUGCCCCCUGCUUCUUCUUCAUCAUCAUCAUCAUCUUCUCCCGCUGCGUCCCCGCCGUCUCUCACUCCCACGGGACACUUCGUAGUAGCGGUGUACCUGGGCGUCAUAGGCACGGUGGGCUUCCUCACCAACUUCCUGGUGCUCACGCUGUUCUGCCGAUACCGGGCACUGCGCACGCCCAUGAACCUCAUGUUGGUGAGCAUCUCCACCAGCGACCUGCUCGUGAGCGUGCUCGGGACCCCGUUUAGCUUCGCGGCCAGCACCCAGGGGCGAUGGCUCAUAGGGCGCGCGGGGUGCGUGUGGUACGGCUUCGUCAACGCGUGUUUGGGCAUCGUGUCUCUGAUCUCACUGGCUGUCCUGUCCUAUGAGCGCUACUGCACCAUGAUGAAGCCCACCAUGGCGGACGGCAGGGACUACCGCGCGGUGCUGGUGGGGAUCUGCUUCUCCUGGCUCUACUCUCUGUUGUGGACAGUGCCCCCCCUGCUGGGCUGGAGCAGAUAUGGGCCUGAGGGGCCUGGGACUACCUGCUCGGUGGACUGGAAGACACAGACGGCCAACAAUAUCUCGUACAUAGUGUGUCUGUUCGUCUUCUGCCUCCUCCUGCCCUUCGGUGUUAUCUUGUACUCGUAUGGCAAGCUGCUUCAGGCCAUCAGACAGGUGAGCCAAAUGAGUUCCAUAGUGCCUCGGCGCAGAGAGCAGCGUGUCCUGGUGAUGGUGGUGACCAUGGUGGCAUGCUACCUGAUCUGCUGGCUGCCGUAUGGGGUUGUCGCCCUGCUGUCGACCUUUGGCCCCCAUGACCUUGUGACCCCGGAAGCUAGCAUCACACCAUCACUGCUAGCCAAGUUUUCCACCGUCGUCAAUCCAUUCAUCUACAUAUUCAUGAACCAGCAGUUCAACAGAUGCCUCCGAGCCUUCAUUUGCUGCUCCUCUCCGCGCCACAACUCCACCCUCAAGUCCUUCUCCCGGGCCACAAGAACACUUCGCACCUUCCGCCAGGAGAGGGAGCACCCCGCCCUGUCGCUGUCCAUCCGUAAAGGAUCAUUGGACAAUCCCCAAAACCACCAGAACCACCUCCGUACCCCAAACCCUACCCCACUCAAGUCAGGACCUCCCUCGCAAAGCCCCCCUCCCAAAGCGCGAGUCAUUCUGGUGGCCCACUACAGGGAAUAA